AGGCCCAUCUUCAGCUUCCCGGUCUCCCCCUCCUGCGCAGGCAGCUGAGCGCACAGCCCGGGCGAGCGGAUUUGUACAAACCAGAGAGCAGCAGGAAAAGGGGGAGACGAGCCCCCCCCCGCCACCCCCCGCAAGGCACCAGGGCAUCAUGGCUCCCAUUGGGCUCAAGGCUGUGGUUGGAGAAAAGAUCAUGCAUGACGUCAUCAGGAAGGUGAAGAAGAAGGGCGAGUGGAAAGUGCUGGUGGUGGAUCAGCUCAGCAUGCGCAUGCUCUCUUCCUGCUGUAAAAUGACCGACAUCAUGACGGAGGGGAUAACAAUUGUGGAAGACAUCAACAAGCGCCGAGAGCCGCUCCCCACCUUGGAGGCCGUGUACCUCAUCACCCCAUCUGAUAAGUCUGUCCAUUCACUCAUCAGUGACUUCAAGGAUCCCCCAACUGCCAAGUACAGGGCUGCCCAUGUCUUCUUCACUGACUCCUGCCCCGAUGCCCUGUUUAACGAACUGGUGAAAUCUCGUGCGGCCAAAGUCAUCAAGACCCUGACAGAAAUCAACAUAGCCUUCCUUCCCUACGAGUCCCAGGUUUACUCCUUGGAUUCUGCUGACUCUUUCCAAAGCUUCUACAGUCCCCACAAGACCCAGUUGAAGAACCCAAUGCUGGAACGCCUGGCAGAACAGAUUGCCACCCUGUGUGCCACCCUGAAGGAAUAUCCCGCUGUCCGAUACAGAGGAGAUUACAAAGACAAUGCCAUGCUGGCCCAGCUCAUCCAAGACAAACUGGAUGCCUACAAGGCUGACGAUCCGACCAUGGGCGAGGGUCCGGACAAAGCUCGCUCCCAGCUCCUCAUUCUGGACCGUGGCUUUGACCCCUCAUCCCCUGUGCUGCAUGAACUGACUUUCCAGGCUAUGAGUUACGACCUGCUGCCCAUCGAAAAUGAUGUCUACAAGUAUGAAACAAGCGGCAUCGGAGAGGCCCGGGUGAAAGAGGUUCUCCUGGACGAGGACGACGACCUCUGGAUCACCUUGCGCCACAAACACAUUGCAGAGGUGUCCCAGGAGGUCACCCGCUCGCUAAAGGAAUUUUCUUCCAGCAAGAGGAUGAACACAGGCGAGAAGACCACGAUGAGGGACCUGUCCCAGAUGCUGAAGAAGAUGCCCCAGUACCAGAAAGAACUCAGCAAGUACUCGACUCACCUGCACCUGGCUGAGGACUGCAUGAAGCACUACCAAGGCACCGUGGAUAAGCUCUGCCGUGUUGAGCAGGACCUGGCUAUGGGCACUGAUGCCGAAGGGGAGAAGAUCAAGGACCCCAUGAGGGCCAUUGUCCCAAUCCUGCUGGAUGCGAACGUCAGCACCUACGACAAGAUCCGCAUCAUCCUGCUCUACAUCUUCCUGAAGAACGGGAUCACAGAGGAAAACCUGAACAAACUGAUCCAGCACGCUCAAAUCCCACCGGAGGACAGCGAGAUCAUCACCAACAUGGCCCACCUCGGGCUGCCCAUCAUCACAGACUCUACCUUGCGUCGCAGGAGCAAGCCGGAGCGGAAGGAGCGGAUCAGCGAGCAGACCUACCAGCUCUCGCGAUGGACCCCGGUUGUGAAGGACAUCAUGGAGGACACUAUUGAGGACAAACUGGACACCAAGCACUACCCCUAUAUCUCCACCCGCUCCUCGGCCUCCUUCAGUACCACUGCAGUCAGUGCCCGCUAUGGACACUGGCAUAAGAACAAGGCCCCCGGUGAGUACAGGGCUGGCCCUCGCCUCAUCAUCUUCAUUCUGGGGGGCGUGAGCCUGAGCGAGAUGCGCUGCGCCUACGAGGUGACGCAAGCCAGCGGCAAGUGGGAGGUGCUAAUAGGUUCUACUCACAUUCUUACUCCCACCAAAUUUCUCAUGGACCUGAGGCACCCCGACUUCAGGGACUCCACUAGGGUAUCUUUUGAGGAUCAGGCUCCAACAAUGGAGUGAGAGCCAAAGAAACAAAGGUCCACUCACAUCCUCACCCCGCAGAAACUGCUGGACACGCUGAAGAAACUGAAUAAAACAGAUGAAGAAACCAGCAGUUAAAACAAAACAAAGCAAACAAAAGGACGACGACUCCACCUUCCUGGCUUAUGGCAGUCCUCCCGUUGGCUGUCCCGCUAACCGUUACUUUGCUGAGCCACGGCUCCAUCUCCAGCCCCGAGCUUUCUCCCUGUUCUUGUUUCUAGAAACCUGCCCACCCCCACUUGCCCCUCAUUUUAAGCAAAAGUGUUUGUGUUGGGGAGUGGGGGGCAGGGAAGCGGACACAAAAUGCAUUGUGUUUAAAAAAAGAAAAAACCCUAAAUGCAAAAAUAUUUAUGCUCUAUGUAUGUAUCCCAAAACCCCAAACCAAGCUCAUUUUCAAAUAACCCAUUUACCCAUCGCUAUAGAAGAAUUUUCCAAAGCGUUUUUCCAGGCUGGAUGGAUGCACAUGAAUUAUUUACAGUGAUGUGUGCUUGUCCUAACCCAGAUGCAAACACAACUGCUCCAUAUAGGGAUUUGCUCGAAUAUGGACUUGGUAGAGUUCUUUCCGUUACUGCUGUCAUUGGGGUUUUUUCUCCAUUUUUUUGGGGGGUGUAUGUGAUUCUUAAAGGUGCAGUUAUUUUGUGUUUCCUGCAGGAAUAUGUUAAAUUGGGGGUUACCCAUAAUUCCAGCAAACCUGUCCCCAAAUCUUCUGCGGCAUCCUCUGCUGACAGAAGUUGACCAGCCCUCCCCUCUCCCCCAGCAAGGUUCAGGUGAGCACAUCUGGACAGAUCAAUCAGAUUGCUGCUGGGAGGGGUGACCUCUUGUUUUGCAUGCGUAGGCGGGGCUUCUGAGAACAGCCAAUCAGGACUUUGUUUGGGAGGUGGGGGUUAGAUUUGCAUGUACCAAUAAGGUGACCAGACAGCAAAUGUGAAAAAUCGGGACAGAGGGUGGGGGGUAAUAGGAGCCUAUAUAAAAAAAAGACCCAAAAAUCGGGACUGUCCCUAUAAAAUCGGGCCAUCUGGUCACUCUAUGUACCAAUCAGCUCAUUGGUCUAACUAGGCUGGUAGCCUGACUCUGCAGGUGGUCAUUGCUUGAUGUUUCAGAGGAAGGGGUAAAAGCCAAACGGUGCACCGCGCUGAUGGGGGGGGGGAGGGGUAGAAAUGGGGGAAAUGGCUGAGCUCCGGUCAAUGAUUGGGCAGUUGGGACUAGAGACUAGCCCCCCCUCCUAAGCUUUAAAUUGGGAUUCUAGGGUUAUUUUGCAGACAGAAAGAAGGGACAUUUUAGCCCUACCUCUCACCACAAAAUAACACCCCCUAGAGGCGGAGCCCAAACCUGCUGGUGCCCAGACAUCCUUGCUAGUUAGGGCUGCACUAUACUGCAUCCUUUAUCCAAUGGUUUAAACCUUUUCCUUCCUAGCCUGAGUUUGGCAUAUUCCUUAAAGAAAAAAAAUAUAAAAAUAUAUCUGUAUACGGACAUAUUUUUGUUAAACGUGUGGGGUCAAAAAAAGUCUCUCUUUGCUUGCAAAAAAAUUAAUGAAACCAAGACUGUUUAUAUCUCCGUAUUGAAGUUAAAAAGAAAAAGAAAAGAAUAAAAAAAAUAAGCUAAAGGCCAUCACCUCCUCAGUACCUCUUAAGAUCCCGUCCGCACUGGCCCUAGUAGUGCCUCCCCCGUUCGUUUCUGCUGUUGUCGUCCAGUAGUGAAAUGUUCAUGACUGUGGAAAUUGCCCAAACUCUCCCAACCCGGCCUCCCCAUGUCCAUCUCUCACAGCGGACUGUGUGUAUAUUAGUUACGGUGUCUUGUGAUGUUUUUACAAGCUUGGCGUACAGUGGGUAAACUAGACCUUGUUACUUUUCCUCAAAUUAUUUCCUUUUCCUUUCGCCCGCCACCUCUGCUCUGCGAUAGUUUAGGGGUCCUUCCCCCCUCUCUCCCCACCCCAAAGGAAUUGAACCCCUCCUCCCACCCUGGCCUUCCCAAAUAGAUCUCUCGGUUUCAUAGGUGUUUCGAUUUUUUCCUUGUCAUCUCCCCUGUUCCUGGCCCAUAACAUUAGAUAAGGGCAAAGGCUGUAAACAUUUGCACUGAUAUUUGUUCGUUAUCUCUUGCCCCUUCCCCUCGUUUUUAUUUUUUUUAAAUUAGCGUUGUACUUGAUUCGGGAUCUUGUCUGUUGGACAUUUAUUGCUUUUUUCUGUUACAGUUAUUUAUAUAAACAAAUAAUUUAUCAAAAAGGAAACAUUUUAAAAGCAUCUUGUCUUGGAACUUGUUUACCUAGAAACUUACUGGAAUCUUAAGUGUUUGAAAAGUGUUGAAGCACAAACAUAUAUCAUCUGUGUAUAUCUGUUCUUCUGUACGAAAGCACUCGAGUCAAUAAAUAAAUACGCUCCCAUACAUGGUGCAA